AUGGGCAAAGCAGUUCCUUUCGUAGAGCUGACCGUGGCCCAUGCUUCGGUUCUGACAAUUCUAGCAAUCAGUUUCGAGAGGUACUAUGCCAUCUGUAAACCUCUAAAAGCUGGAUACAUUUGUACCAAAGCCAGAGCAUCACUUAUCUGUCUUCUCGCAUGGCUCGUAGCAGCACUUUGUACUAGUCCGAUACUGGCCAUUACUCAGUACGAUUUGGAGCAAUACUACGAUGGAACCAUUGUGUCGGUUUGUUUCAGCAGCGUCCAAACCUUACUUCCUAGCCUAUUCUUCAUCCUCACCGUAUCCGCUUUCUUCUUCAUACCUCUAGUCAUAUUGAUAAUAAUAUAUCUACUAAUAGCGGCCACUCUCAUGGAACAACCUCACAUACUGGCCGCUCCACGAAAAGACAGCUCAAACCAGAGCUCCUUAAGUGCCAUAAAAUAUCGCAAACAAGUCGUAAUAAUGUUAGGAACAGUUGUGUUGGCGUUUUUCAUUUGUCUCUUGCCAUUUCGGGCCCUUACUCUGUGGAUCAUUAUUGUACCCGCCGAAUCGAUAAUGAGCCUGGGUCUAGAGGGUUAUUACAAUUUAUUGUACUUCAGUAGAAUAAUGUUUCACAUCAAUUCGGCCAUCAACCCAAUUCUGUACAACAUUAUGAGUUCGAAAUUUCGAAACGGUUUUUUCAAGUUGUGUCACAUUAGAAGCUUGAAAAAAAGACGCGGACGGGGUACGUGGAUCUUCCGGAAGAGUACCAUCACGACAACCUCCACAAAUACUACUUCACAAAGCACGUCAGAAUCGUUUUGGAACAGGUACAGCAAUAGAACGUCAUCGAGUUCGAAAAGCGGUAAAAAAGACAACACACCAAAAACGGUUUGCUCAUCUCAGAACAAUAAGGAAAAAUCUUAUAUUAGAAUACCUCUGCAAAACCUCAACAACAUUAGCAUUUUGAAAAUGAUCAGAUGCGAGAGUUACGUUUAAACUAGUAUAAACAUAUUUUUAUUUUAUAACAAAUGUAUAAAUAGAUAUUAUUUAUUAACUAAAAUCGACAACUACCUAUAGUUGGGACAAUUAAAAUUGGCAAAGUCCGCAAUAAAGAGAAUAAGAGAAUCUUCUUUCUUGUAUCCACUAGGACUAUAGUCAUUUGCUGUGUUUUGAACACGACCUUGUUAAGUUAGGAAAUGCUUCAUGAGGAGUACAGACAAUGUGAAAAGAGAUAACCGGCGAGUAAUAGUAAGUGGUGCAACGGUUAGAGAUUAACUAGGGACCCAUAAAAAUCAGGGUCGGAUUUAUAACUGCCUAGUUGGAAUUAUAUCCUUAAAGAUGUUUGGGAGGUACAAUCG